AAAAAAAAAGAAAAAAAAGGAAAGAAUGUUAGAAAUCCAGCAGUUCAUGUUUCUUGAGGAUUGAGAGCUCAACCAUCUCUUGAUCCAGCGCAAGAUGCAUUUUUUCUCCAAAUCUUGAAACCAUUGAUCCCUUUCUUUGAUCCCAAUCUCUCUUUCAGAUCCUCUCAGACCCUCAAACCCUAAUUCCCAUCCUCGUCUUCCAUGGAUAGCGAGGCUGGCGCCGCCGGCAGCGGCGGCGGCGGUGGCGGAGGGCCUGUUAGGUUUCCGACAGAGGCGGCUGAGGGGCUGACGGUGCCGUCCUCUUCUGAGGCGCAGAAGGAGCGGGCGGAGACCGGUGAGAGGUUGCGUUUCAGGGUUGAGUUGAAAUCCGGGGAGACCACCAUCGUCUCGUGGAAGCGGCUUCUCAAGGAGGUUGGAAAGGGUGGCCAAUCGCCCUCCGUGCAGCAGCCGCUUCCGGUGUCCCAGGACCAGGUUGGCUCUGGUGGUGCGGUUCCUUCCAUUGAAGGUGAAGGAAUAGAUGCUCCAACCUCCAAUCGUUUUAAUGCUGUUAUUGAGAAGAUUGAACGUUUGUAUAUGGGUAAGCAAAGCAGUGAUGAAGAAGAACUUGAUGGCAUUCCUGAUGAUGAUGCAUAUGACACAGAGGAUUCUUUCAUUGAUGAUGCUGAUCUGGAUGAGUAUUUUCAAGUUGACAAGGCAACCACCAAGCAUAAUGGUUAUUUUGUCAAUAAAGGAAAAUUGGAACAGAUUGAACCAAAUUUAUCACCAGAUGUGGCACCAAAGAAACGGAGAAGAAAAGACUCAAUAAUGAGACAUAACGGGAAGGAUGGGGAGCUUAUUUCAAAAGAUCCUGUAAACAUGAGUGACAUGCGAAUAAAGGCUACUGCACGGAGUAUCCCAUUGGAGGGAAAGAAAUCAUCGAGUACUAGGAAAGUUUUGACUCCCUUUGGUGAGCAUUAUCUAGAUGAGGGACAUCUCAAAAAUAAACUUAAGACCUCUACUUCAGCUUGCAAAAAGAAAUUGGCUGAUCUUACCACAAAUUCAGAGAAUCCUUCACAUAUUAAAGCAGUACAUUUUGAUGUUUCAUCACUUAUACCAGGAACAAAGAAUUUUAAUAAGCAAAAAUUAAUUCCAUCCAAGGAUAUCACUUACAAAUCAAAAGGCACACGUGAAUAUUUUGAUGGCAUGUAUUCAGCACCUCGGACGAAAGUUGCUAGUUCUCAAGUUGGAUCUCACUCGAAAAAAUUCUUGGAUUGUGAAAAUAACAUUGACGCAUCUGCUAGAGUAAGACACAAGGAGAGGGAUGGACUUGGUGAAUUUUCACUCCUGAAUCCACCUGUGAGCACAUACCCUAUGCCAGUGGUGCACCCAUCAUCCACACAAAUAAAGGAAGGUUUUACUGUUAGAUCAAAAGGCACAACACUAGAACGAGCCAUUCGUGAUUUGGAGAAGAUAGUUGCACUAUGUAGACCUCCAGACCUUGACGUCCAGGAAAUGGAUGUUUCAACUCAGGGAGUCAAAAGGAGACUGCCUCAAGAAGUAAAGCAGAAGCUUGCAAAAGUUGCUAGAUUAUCGGCAAGCCAAGGUAAAAUUUCAGAGGAUGAUUUGAUAGAUCGCCUUAUGGGUAUUCUUGGCCACCUUGUACAACGGAAGACAUUGAAGAGAAAUAUGAAGGAAAUGGUUGAAUUAGGUUUGUCUGCAAAACAGCAGAAUGCUGACAAAUUUCAAGAAAUAAAGAAAGAGGUCAAUGAAAUGAUUCAAGCACGUGUCUCAGCCUUGAAGCCCAAAGUUACUGAACAGCAGGGUGGUUCGACUAAUGAUUUUCAGGAAGCUUACAUUAAUGAUGGAAAGAGGGCUCAAAAAGGGAGACAUAGCAUGGAUAGAGCAUUAGAAGACAAGAUCUCUGACCUCUAUGAUUUGUAUGUCGAGGGAAUGGAUGAAGACAAAGGGCGUCAAAGUAGGAAGCUUUAUGUGGAGAUUGCAGAGUUGUGGCCAAAUGGUUACAUGGACAACCUCGGAAUUAAAGAAGCUAUAUAUAGAUCUAAGGAAAGGAAGCGAGCAAUGUACAACCGACAAAAGGCUCGCUGUGAGGAGAGGAUCAAGAGGAAAAAUUUGGCUUCAGCCAUGAGAGUAGAUGAAAGCAAUCUGAAUGCUCAAGUGCGGUCUGUGCAAGAGAGACCUGCCAUUGAUUCCUCAACUCCAGUUAAUGUCUUGCUAGACAAGCAAAUAACCGGCCAACCAAUGAGUGAUUCCAGCAAUCAUUGCGGUUCAAAACACUAUGAAAAGAUAAGAGGUGAUUCCAGCUUGGGCACAGAGGAUGCGAUCAAUAAUGCGAAGAAAAAGAGGCGGCCGGACUCUGAGCGAGGGGACGUAUAUUCUCACCCAGUUAUGCUCCCCCAACAAGAUUCUAAUGAAAAGCACAGACGUCACAAACACAGUGAUGAUGAUGCAAGUUUGAACAAGCUCCCUAAAUCCAAAUUUCCGUCACCUGUUCCUCCGAGUAGUAAUGACAAACAAAGCUGAUUAUUGAUUCACCAACUCAUGGAAGUUUGUGGUUAUAGUUUCUCAGCGUAUUUGCCUCCUCCUUGAGUUUGGAAGUCUAAAAGAACAAGAAGUCACUGAUGAUGAUAGGCUUGCUGCAUGUUCACAACCCAUCUGCUGGAUGACUAGAGGGACAGUUGAUUUCAUUAAUGCUAACAAAAAAAAAAUGGCAAUAGAAGUUAUUAAUCUGUGAUUCAAGUGUUUUUGUGUAGUCGUAAAUAAUAAAAUGUAUUUAGUUGUCUUUUGCUUCGAAUAUUUCAUUAGAAGCUACGCCACCAUGGCUGAGGUGGCUGAGUGUAUGUAAUUAGAUACAUUGCAAAUUACUGCCGAGAUAGCGUUCCAGAUGAAAAGUGGGCUAUCACUUGUUGGGUUAUGUAACGCUGUACAGCAGACAUGUAUCCUGCCUUUUGUUCUCAUUUCUGAGAAUGCUGAGUUUGCAUUGUUUGUU